AUGCCCAACACCAACACCAGCACCAGCACCCCUGCUGAACCCUCGCUGUCCACACACCUGCAUUACCUGCGCUAUGCACUCUCCCUGGCGCGCCGGUCGCCGCCCAAACCGACGAAUUUCCGCGUCGGAUGCGUGAUUGUGGCGUUUGACAAGAAAAGAGGUGGUGAGGGAGAAGAAGAGGGAGAAGAAAAAGAACAAGGCCGCGUCCUCGCCACGGGAUAUACCUUGGAACUCGAGGGGAAUACGCACGCGGAACAGAACGCGCUGGCGAAACUCGCCCGCGAGCAUGGGAUUUCUCUCUCUUCGGAGACACCUUCGUCGGAGACAUCGUCGUUGGAAUACCUCGCAGAACUGGGCCGCGAGGUCCUCACACCGGACAAGGAUGUCUACCUGUACACGACGCUGGAGCCGUGCGGGAAACGCCUCAGCGGGAAUAUACCCUGCGUGCAGCGGAUUAUUGCGACGAGGACGAGGACGAGGACGCCAUCGCAGGGAUCACCGGGUGAAGGCGGAGGAGGUCCUGGCAGAGACGGGGGAGGGAUCCGCAAAGUCAUCUUCGGCGCCCGCGAACCCGGCACGUUCGUGCAGGACUCGGCCAGCCUGAAGAUCCUGGACGGCGCGGGCGUGCCGUGGGAGUACGUGCCGGGGUUGGAGGAGGAGAUUCUCCGCGUGGCCAAGGAGGGACAUUCCAACCAGGUCGUGCAGGGAACCAACGUCGACGACAUCUCGCCCGAGGAGAGGAGGCGGCAGGAGGCUCUCCCGCGGAAUCCAAAGAAGAGGAUGAUGGAGGUCGAUGUCCCAAGGUGA